AUUUUAUAAAUAUGUAAAUCCUAUAUUUUAUAUAUAAUUUGCAAAUGAGAAUAAUUGAUUUUAAAGCAGACACCAGAUGGUACCAAAUUAGACGUUCUUAAUUGGUUGAAACUAAAUUUCAACUGGAUUUGCGUUCAGUUAAUAUGAGAAUUCCACAUUUCGGUUGUAAUUCAGUAAUUUUAACCAAAUAUUGGUGAUCCAGACUGUGUUUGGACUUUAGCAAAUGAUCCCAUUAUUGAAUAAUCCUGUAUUGGGUUGAGGAGGAGAAAACUCUUUUUUUUAGACUUCAGGAAAAACUGAAAUACCAUAACCGAAUCUAAAAGAGACCCAAAACUUUAAAUAAAAUGUGCGGAAAUGUGUGAUAUUUCCCAACUCCAUUCUUCCUCACUUCCUUGUAACAUACGCAAUCCAUGGAUCCACUUACAUAAUGUGUUGUCAUUUAUUUACAUAUGGGAGUCAUCAGAUUAUGUAACAGUGUGUGGGACUUUCGAUCACCAUCUUGCUCAGAAUCUGUACAGUUGCCAGUUUACAAAGUGUGUGAACAUUAUUUACACUUUUUAAAACUCAUUUAUUUGAUGGACUGGUCCCCUUUAAAGACAAAAAUAGAAUGUUUUGGUUUUUUAUGUCUUAACUUGGAACCAUAGUUUGCAAUGUUGGACUACCUGAAGUUACCUGUCUGAGACAUUGUAUUUGUGAAUAACGAUGGUGGUUAUUUGUAUAUUUAGAAAUCUAUACAAAUGAUAGCCAUUGGGCAUAAUAUAUUUAUAUUAUAAUAGUUCCCCCAUAUUUUAUUCUUCAUACAAAUGUAUAAAGUUAUUUGCAGAUUAGGAUAGGGAUAGCUGUGCUGAUCAUUGUUCGAAAUUUUUCUCGUUAGUGAUGCUAAGUCCAUAUUGCCGUAAUGGCAUAGUAUUAUAAAACUGGCAUUUAAUACUUUUUAAAACUAAUUAUGAAUCUCAUUAUUAUUUCUGAACACCCAAGCCCACCGAGCAAAUAAUUACAUAUUUAUUGCCCUUUUAAUAAUUACAUAAUUAUUGCCCUUUUAAUAAUCAUUUAAUUACAUAAUUAUUGCCCUUUUAAUAAUCAUUGCAUACAAAUAAAAUGAGAGCGAAGUUUGUCUUUCAUACAGGGGCACUGUAAGCACCAUAACCUCUACAUCUCAUUGCACCCCUCCCCCCGGUUUUAAAUUAAAACCUUUUUGAUACAUGUGACAAAAACGUUACUCUCCUGUAACUUAAAUCUCGGGCCCUUGGCUGGGGUUUAGAUAAUGUGAAAGAUAAGAAACUUGAAGGACAAUGAUAGGCUUCCCGCGCGGUGGGAUGGGUUAGUCCAACAUUCUCGACCUAUCAAUGAGACCUUAAGUUGGAGGAAUAAUCUGGGAAUUUACAUCUGCUUUAGCCAAACUACAGAAGAGGGGACAGGGUUUAAAUAUGAGGAGGAACCUCUGUUUUUUUGUUAAACUGCUUGAAAAUGGUUUAACACAUAAGGGAGGCAAUGGACACGAAGAAAUCUGUGUUAUAACCAGUGCAGUGAGACGAACAGACACUUCCUCCUUAAGAUCUUAGCGCUCAGUGCCAUCAAACUUUGCGACGCACUGGAUAGGAGGUUGUCACAAAGCACCAUUGUUUGUCAAUGCUUUCCUGUGAAAAGCACCUGACCGGACCAGAGAACAACAGGCCUGAUGAUCUCACUGUUUGGGGAUCGGGCUGCAGAUGAGACUGUCCUGGGGCUGGAUAACAUACGUUUAAUGGAGUUUUUUUAAACUCAAGGCCAGUCACCUACACUAAUUCUUAUAAUAUAUAAACUUAUUUUUAACGUUACGAGUGUUCCUUUAAACUGGAGCAUCAUAUUGGAAGAUGGAUGAACACAGUUUUUGCUUAAUUAGCAUAAAGGAAUGCACAAGUUCUUACUUAUUUUAUCACAAUGAAGGCCUCAUUGGCUAAAACGUAUUCUGUGCAUUCGUAUACCCUAAUAAAGUAAACCUUGUAUAACGUGUGAGGUCUGAUGCAGGCCUCCUCCUAUCCAAUCUAUGAAUAGGACGCGAUAUAGCUCAUCUCUGUAUUUCUAUACACAUAACCUGGUGAUCUUUUGCUUUCAUUAGCUUUUCCCGGGAGAUAAUAUGAAAUUGGGUAUUCAUGAUAUGUUCAAGAAUGAUAGUUCAACUAAUCUGAAUUGACUACUUUCCUCCACAAAAAAAGUGUUUUUAAAAAGUUCCUAAAUUUUUGAACCACUUUCUUACAUAAUUAAACAAGCCAGGGUACCACUGGCAGAAUUACCAGGGUCACGGUCUCUAUUACGACGGGGCCCUGGAGUUUUACCUGUCAAGGGGGGGCCCAGGCCAGUCAGUGGCCCCUCCUUGCAAAAGCACUAUUUAAUACAUUGGCAUUCUGGCACUAUAUUAAAUAACUGUUAAGGUUCACGAUGGAGCGCUGGGUAAGUGCACCCUUGCAGUCCUGGUGCUCAGAGGAUGAGUCCGAGUGCUGCCACUGGGGUACUGUGACAAUGCUUUGACUCAAUCAAUGAGCGUCGGACAGGAAGAGCAUUUGACCACAUUCUCCCCAAGGAUGAGUACAGCAGCACCCCGAGACACCAAGGAUCAUAGCCCCACCGGAGCACCAGGGAUUAUAACCCCCUCCCUGCAUAAAAGGUAAGCAGGAGGGGGGAAUGAGGUAAACAACUUUUUUUAUGUUAAUAUUACACACACUUCACACACAGUCACACUCAGAAAAACCAACAGGCAUUCACACUCAGACAAGCCCACAGCCAAUCAGACUCAACUAACCCCACACACAUUCACACUCAACCAACCCCACACACAUUCACACCUAGACAAGUACACAUGCAAUCACACUCUGCUAACCCCACACACAUUCACACUCAAACAAAUAUACAUGCAUUCACACCUAGACAAACACACUCAGACACCCCUAACACACAAUCAGACUCCGCUAACCCCACACACAUUCACACUCCACUCCACAUGCAUUCACGCAAGCCUAAACAUAAUCAAACUCAGAUGCCCCUGACACACAAUCACACUCAUUUAUUGCCACCCUCACUCAGACAACCCCAUGCACAAUGACACUCUGACAGUAUUCCCACACAGUCCACUCCCACAUACACACCAUCAAUCUCAACCAAACCACAAACAUCCAACAGAGGUGUAUUGCUUAGGUGGGAGUGAAUGGUGUUGAUGUUUUUCCUUUGCACCCAGUAGUUCCUAGUUACGUCCCUGUAUGGUACAAGGGGUUAUAUCUUACAUCAGAGGUGUUCUGAAGUCCUAACAGUAUUAUUAUUAUUUUACCCAUAAGCCUGCUGGAUUUCACAUCAAUAAAAUAAAAGUUCAUUAAGAAAUUAUGUUCCAAGAAUGUCGCAACCUAUUUUCCAUUCUCUAACUCCUUAUGUUCUUCUCUUACUUUAAGCAGUUUCUUUUGAAUCCCCUGGUUGCAGUCAUGAAAUCCUCAUACUCUGAGACAGGUUCCCCCAAACAGGAGACAGAGAGCCACUCAGACAGCCAAGCUGACAAACAGCCCAAGGAAGACAAGGUGAAAAAGGAGAAAGGAGACAGCGAGAAGGACUCUGGGUACUCAGACAGCAGUUCAGAGAGUUUCAGUUCUGAAGAGACAGCAGGAUCAGCAGCAGUUGCGGUGUCCAAAAGCUCACAAGAAUCAGCACAUUCUCAGGCAACAUAUACUCCUAUCUACAUACUGCAAAAUGUUGUACUAAAACAGCCACGACUCCUUCUGCUUCAAAAGCCAGUACGACGCCACCGCAAGCGCCCAUUUCCAUCAUCCUAUCUGCCAAUCUUACGCUCAUACCCUCGGAUUGCCCCGCGCCUGAACACUCCUCCAGCUUUAACCCCCCAAUCACCUCCAAUUGUCCAGUAUCCCACCUCACCCAAAAGCAAUAACGCCCCUCCUCAAAUCUUGGAUAUCUCCCUCCGUUCUCUUGCUCUCCUGCGGCGAACACGGGAAACCCAACGAAGCAUACGUGAACUCAGGGUUCACACCAAACUUUACAAUCGAGCCUUACAAGGGGAAGAAGGUGGGUGGGACAGGCUACGGAGAGCAAUGGAGAGGAGUGGGGUUUAUCGCGGCGGAACGUCAUCGAGUGGAACAUCAUCAAGUGAAGAUGUGUCAUCUUCUGGAGAGGAGAAGAUGUUAGAGCAAAUAAAGAGUCCAUCAGAAAAGGAUGCGUUGCAACUGGAGAAAGCAGUUGAUACUUCAUUGAUAAACAAGUCUUCAGAAGAAGCAACAAUAAAUGGAGGAAGUGAAAUGGAUGUUGUAUGACCAAAAGUGUCACACGCAAGACUAUUACCAAACUGGAUAUUUAUGUAUAUAAAUAUUUUUUUAAUAUAUUUUAUUGUCAAAGUGCCCAGAAACAUUAUAUGGGGCUGAGCCUCAGAUGACAACAAAAGUGUACAUACUAACUUUUAUAGUUUAUAAAUCGGAUUUUACUAUCA